AUGAGUGAAGGUGAAUUCUCUAUCCACGGCUAUAAUAUUGUGACGCUUCUUAAACGACUUGAAGCAGCAACCUCCCGGUUAGAAGAUGUCACCAUUUUCCAAGAAAAUGCCGUGAAGGCACAAGAAGAAACAGCAGGCACUUCGGGAAGCAAAGUCGAAUCCAAAGCCAAGGCUGAAGAUGAUGUUAUUAAAGCACCAAAGGCAAAAGAGCAAUUGGAAAAGUCAAAAGCAAUUCAGGCUUACGAGGAUUUCAUUGAAGAAUAUGUCGUUCCAUUCGUAGAUAUCUCGAAGAAGUUGGAUCCUGUUAUAGAAAAACAAGCUCAGCUAUUUAAGAAAGCUAUUGAUGAGGAGAAAACGUUUUUAUGGGCAGCAUCUCUUUCGAAAAAAGUCUCCAGCACAGAUCCAGUAUUUGCUGAAAUCUUGAAACCAAUUAAUGAUAUAAUCAGCCAGGUUGUCCAGGUAAAGGACUCGACAAGAGACCCAAAGAUUAGCAACAAUUUGUCCACAGUUGCUGAGGGUGUUCCUGUUCUUGGCUGGAUAUGUGUUGAAGCGCCUGUUUCAUACAUUCCUGAUUUCAAAGACUCGGCCCAAUUCUGGGGUAAUCGUAUUAUGAAAGAGUUCAGGGGUAAGAAUGAGGACCAAGUUUCUUGGGUGAAAGCAUUUCUUGGAAUUUUUGACGCUUUAAAAGCUUUUGUAAAAGAGUACGAAACAACUGGACCAAGUUGGAAAGUUGACGGUGGAGACAUAAAGCAAAAUUUGCAAAAGCUUUCGCCAGAAAAGGUGAGCCAGGAUGCAUCAAAGCCAAAUGCUGGUGCUGCAGCACCACCUCCACCACCUCCACCACCUCCGGCAUCUGUUUUCGUCGCUGGUGAUUCCGAUGAUAAAACGCAGAAAUCAAAUGAUACGACUAAAACAGGUAUGAACGCGGUUUUCUCGGAGUUGAAUCAAGGAGAAGAUAUCACCAAGAAUUUAAGAAAGGUGGAAAAAUCUCAAAUGACACACAAAAACCCAGCAUUGAGGGCAUCGGGUAAUAUUCAGGUUCACAAGCCUGUUCCGCCUAAGAAGCCAAGAAACCUCUCUCAGAGACAAACAAGAACUUCGAAGCCACCUAGAAAGGAGUUGGUCGAUAACAAAUGGAUGGUUCAAAACGUUGUAGAGACGGCAGGAGGUCAACCGUUAACACUUGAAGUUACAAUGGACCAGAGUGUGUUUAUUAGUGAUUGUGAAGCAAUUGUUGUUCAGAUUAAAGGUAAAGUUAAUGCUGUCACUAUUAAUUCCUGUAAAAAGGUUGGUGUUAUUUUAGAUAGCGGAAUUUCUGCUGUUGAUAUCAUCAAAUCAGAGCACAUCGAAGUUCAAAUCGAGAAGCAUAUUCCAACAAUUUCAGCUGAUCAAACAGACACUCUUACAAUUUACUUAUCUAAAUCAAGUUUGGAUACCGAAAUUUAUACUUCUUCAACUACAUCUCUGAAUAUUGAGAUCGAACAGGGUGAUGAUAUGAAGGAACUUGCUGCUCCAGAGCAAUUUAAGCACACGAUCGAUGCUAAAAAUGGAAAAUUGAUUUCUGUUCCUGUCGAGCACUCCAGCUAG